GAGCAUAAAAGAACCGAGGCGGCCAAAAAUUGUAUUCAUACCAGCAAGUACAGCCGGAGCAUCAACAUCAUGAAAUUCUUGAUCCUUUUCUUCGCACUAUUCGCCAUCGCGGCUGCUCUGCCCCAGUGGAGAGGUGGUAAUCAGCAACAGCAACAGCAAGAAGGAUUCGGAGGUGGAUUCGGAUUUGACCAACAGCAACAGCAAGAACAAGCCAACUUCGGAGGAUUGGGAGGAGAGCAACAGCAACAGCAAGAAGGCUUCGGAGGAGGAUUUGACCAACAGCAACAGCAACAGCAACAGCAAGGAGGAUUCGGAGGAUGGUGAUGGAGAAGUUUUUUUCUAACAAUCUACACUCUUUGCAAGAAACACAACCACGUCUUUAACAAAAUACCCUAAUAAAAAUAAAGCACGUUUUAAAAAA